AUGGAUGAUUGUUAUAAGCUGGAGACUCAUAUAAAGGCUUAUGAACCAGUGAUUCACCCAAUCCUUUCAAUGGACCAAUGGAGUAAAUGUGGUCUUCCUCCAAUUAAACCUCUACUUUAUAAGCAACAACCGGGUAGGACUAAAAGAGUUAGGACAAAGGAGCCUGGUGAGGUUGAAAUACCAGCCCUCAUCCCACCAAACCAUAUGCCUCCAAAUUAUCUUGCCCCACCAGCCAAGCUUAGAAGGGUUUUCAUUAGAAUAAGAUGUCGUGGACGCAGUCAAAAAGGCCAUAAUAGAGCAACAUGUGACAGACAAAACAAUGAAACCCAACAGGUUCAUGCAUCUUCAACCCAAAUGGAGCAAGGUUCUUCUUCUAACACAGUAAAAGGGAGAGGCAUAAGCAGAGGGAGAGGCAUAAGUAGAGGAAGCGGAAAUGUUGCUCAAGCUACUACUAACCCUAAUUCUCUACAAAGUAUGGAAAGAGGUAAUAGAGAAAGAGGCAGAGGCAUAAGUAGAGGAAGAUGCAAUGUUGUUCAAGCCCAUGAUUCACAAGAAAGUGUAACAAGAGGUAAUGGACAAGGAGUCUUACCAGCUUCACAUAUUGGCUUAGCUCCAAAGCUAAGUGCAAUUAGAGGAAGAGGCUUACCAUCUUCACGAUCAACUGUAGGUGGCAAGAGGAAAGGGACAAGGAGGACUAGCUUUGGACAACAUUUCCCAUGA